AUGUCCUUCGCAAUGCUGCGCUCGGCGCCGGGGCGCUUCCUGUACCCCGAGAUCAGCGCGCUGUCCGAGGACGAGGAGAACAGCGAGAGCUCGGGCUCGGAGGAGAAGCCCUUCCACGUGGAGGGCGACGCGUUCGGCAUGCGGGGCGGCAAGCGGCGGCCCGGCAAGAGCCGCGGGCGGCUGGCGCGGGAGCCGCGGCAGCGGCACACGGCGAACGCCCGCGAGCGGGACCGCACCAACUCGGUGAACACGGCGUUCACGGCGCUGCGCACGCUGAUCCCCACCGAGCCGGCCGACAGGAAGCUCUCCAAGAUCGAGACGCUGCGCCUCGCCUCCAGCUACAUCUCGCACCUGGGCAACGUGCUGCUGCUCGGCGACGCGGGCGGCGGAGGGCAGCCGUGCCACGGGGCGGCGGCGGCGGCGGCGGCGGGGCCGGGAGCGGCGGCGGCGGCGGCGGCGGCGGCGGCAGCGGCGUUCUGCAGCGGAGGGAGCGCGUCCCCGCCCGGGCGGGAGAGCGAGAGCGGGCAGCCGCGGCAGAUCUGCACCUUCUGCCUCAGCAACCAGCGCAAAAUGGUGAGCGGUGAUGCCGGGAAUACCGAGAAUAACGCGAAUAACGGGGAUACUGGGGUCCGGGAUAGCGGGAAUGGGGUCCGGGAUAGCGGGAAUGGGGAUCCCGGGGUGCCCAGCCCCGGCAGAUCGGCACCUUCUGCCUCACGGGAACGCCACGGGGAUUUGGGAAUGGAGAUUGGGAUUUGGGAAUGGUGGGAUUCCCAGCCGCGGCAGAUCUGCACCUUCUGCCUCAGCAACCAGCGCAAAACGGUGAGUGGUGGUGAUGGGGAUAAUGGGGAUACUGGGGUCCGGGACAGCGGGAAUGCCACGGGGAUUUGGGAAUGGGGAAUUUGGGAAUCGCGGGGUGCCCAGCCCCGGCAGAUCGGCACCUUCUGCCUCAGCAACCAGCGCAAAAUGGUCUGUGCCUUCUGCCUCAGCAACCAGCUGAAAAUGGUGACUGCUGGUGAUGGGGAUAACGGGGAUAGUGGGAAUAUCGGGGGAUUUGGGGAUCCCGAGGUGCCCAGCCCCGGCAGGUCGGCACCUUCUGCCUCAGCAACCAGCGCAAAAUGGUUGAGUUUGGGACAGAGGGAACGGGGACCGGGAUAG